UUCCCAACCCAAUUUUACCCCUACCAAGUGCCAACUCUAUUUCUUCGCAUAUUUCUCAAAUCCUAGCCACGGCCAUCAUCCUCCUUCCUCUCCUUGUCCUUGUUCAUCCAUCAUGACAACAGAUGCAACCGCAAUCGGUUCGUAUUCGGUGUGGGCCAUUCCACCGGAUGACGUGUCCGAUCGGAUCAAGAAGGUGAUGUUGGGCCUCCGGGACGAGUUCGGCGGGGCACCGGCGGAGAUCGAGCCCCAUUUUCCGAUCGUGGGGUCCAUCCGUAUGACGAGGGAGGACGCGCUCAACAAGUUGAGGACCCUCAUUCAGUCCUACCCGCCUGGUUGUAUCUCUGCCUUCACUGCUCGAGUAGAUGAAAUCGUUGCUCGCCCUUUCUAUUACCAGUGCGUUUGCCUCCGCAUCCAUUAUUCCCACCAGUUAAAAGAAAUAUCUAGAUGCUGCUCUCAUAAAUGGGGUUUGCGUUUCCCUGGUGUGCCUUAUUUGAGCCUCCUUUACGGUAAGCUGACAGAAGAGGAGAGGAAGAAAGCUCGAGAUAAAGUUAGUGUUUUGGAUGAGACCAUUACUAGCCUGAGCUUCCCCGUAACUCGCCUUGCAUUGUACAAAAUCAACUACAAAGACAAAACUCUCAAAUCUUGGGAAAAGAUAGCUGAGCUUCCCCUCCAAUUAAAUUAGCUCUGCCGAUCC